AUGGUCACUCAGCUCAAGCAGGCGAAGAAAAAGUUGGAUCAGGCGAUGAUCACGGGCGAGGAGCUCGACCCCGACGUGAAGAAGUGCCUCGAGCACAAGGCCGCCUUCCUGUCCGAGUACAACAGCUUGGGCCUUUUUGACGGCAAGAAGCAACAGAUGCUUGAGAUGUGGAAGACGGACAAGAGCUUGAAGCAGUGGGCAGAGUCGAAGACAACCCACUCCUCGAUGACGAGUGUCACCCAGGAGAAGCUGGAGAACUACGGGACCAAGUUCGAUGUGGCCAAGCUCCUGAAUUUGGAUCCGGACUCGAAGGAGCAAAGCAAGAUUUUGAAUGCGGUCCUACACGACCUACCUCAAGAUGAUGCAUGGGACGAAAGCAACCCCAUGGAAAAAACCUUCAAGCAGAUGAACCUGGUUCGCUACACCUUCUCCAAGAACUUGGGUGUCUCUACCAAGCAUGGCAAGGAAGAAGUUGAUUCUUUCGUUCACACAAGGGACGUUUGUGGCGAAAAGCUCAAGCAAAUGCUCGAAGAUGGCGGCUCCGGCGGCUCGGGCGGCUCGAGCGGGGACCCCGCAGUGGUCAAGCUGGAGCACGUGUGGAUUCUGCCAGCCCAGGAGAAGCACAAAGAGAUCGUGCUAGCUCUGAAGACAGUGAAGACUCGAGUGAAUCAUUUCAAGAGAUUUAAAGCCGUGCAAGAAAAGUCUGGAGAGGAUGCCCCGGCAAGUCUCACCAAGGGUUUCAGCAUGUUAGAGGCGUUGGAAGCUGAUCUGCUAAAGCUACAAUUGGCAAACGUUUCGCAACUCGCUGAGGAAGAGUGCAAGGCAUGGGUGUCUUCUGCAGUUGACCUACUUGCUCAUUAUGAGAAUAUCAAGAGGGUUGCAGAGCAGAGCAAAAAAGGGCAGUGCAGCCCCUCUUCAGCAAAGAUGGUUUUAUUCAUCGCUCGAGCCCUGGCUUUGCUGAUAUUUUUCAUUUCUGCUAUCACGGGCGAGGCUGUUCGCGGCGAUAAGGAACCUCUGCCCACUCUCAAGCGGCAGAGUGAGGCGAAGUCGUCGGCUGCAAAAGCCAAGGCGGCUAAGGUUUCGGAAUCAACAUCUUCUGAAGCAAGGCCUCCAUCGCUGAGGAAAAAAGUUGGCGAGACCUUCCUACAUAAUAAGCUGUCUGCAAAAGAUAUUUUUGAGAUAUCCCAAUCUGCUGCGGCAGAAGCAGGCAGUUCCAGCUCUGUGAAUAAUUUUGCAGCGGCAGGUGCCGGAGGCCGGCAACCUGGAAAUUUUGCGAGGGAUUUGCUCAGGAGCCUUUGCAGGGGAGCUCCUUUGGAACUUUUCUGGUAUGACAUUCCUUUUUGGGAUCCUGCAAGUGACUCAGAGAUUGUACAACCUCAUCCAUUUUUGCUUCCUCACGAAGUAAUACAUCAUCUGGUUCAUCAACAAGGUUUGAAGUCUUUCGUCGUUAAAGCAGCCCAGCGUGCUGCGAGAGCCCAGCUUAUCAAACAGUGCGACAAAUUUGGUUUGGACCCAGAUGAGACCAUCAGCAUUGGGAUGCAUGGUGAUGGAGUACCUUACACGAAAAAGGAGUCCCUGGAGAUUCUCAGCUUCAACUUUUUGGCGAAUCCUACUGGGGAUAGAGUUCCGAUCACCGCCGUUUCCAAGAAGUGGGCUACCCAGAAGACUUGGGAGUGCUUGCUGAACGUGAUUACCUGGAGUUUGCGGAUGCUGUUCCUGAAACAGGUCUCCAAGGUUUUGCCCGAUGGCAAGCCGUGGAAACAUCGGCGAAAGGUGACUGGGCAGUUGCCCGGCUGCCUCUUGCUGCAGUGUAGGGGGGACUGGCCGUUUUUGCGAUCCCUGUUUUAUUUUCCUGCGUGGAAUUCUCAACAAAUCUGCUGGAAAUGCUCUGCAAGCCAAGAAGGGCCUCACAGCUAUAAAAACACAGGUGCAGAUGCUUUGUGGCGGAAGCACAGGGUAAGCGACCAUGAAUUUUUGAGAUCUUUGCGGGAACAAAACGUUUUCGUUUGCCCGCUGUUGAGUUUACCAGGGUUCGAGGUCUCUUGCAUAUUAUUAGAUUGGCUCCACGUGGUGGACUUGGGCUGUGGAGCGGAUGCUAUCGGGAACUUAUUUUGGCAUUUGAUUGCAGAGCCAGGUUUUUAUCCAGGAACUUCCAGGGAGGCUCGAUUGAAACAACUUUGGGCUCGCUUGAGGACGUGGUAUCAAAGGCACAAGCCUGCGUCUGUCCUGGACAAUCUGACUGUGGAAAUGGUGCGAAGAUCCAAAGCGACUAGCAAGCCGAAGUUGAAAGCUAAGGGUGCCGAAUGUCGCUAUCUAGUCCCGUUCUGUCAUGAAUUGGCAACCGAGAUAGCAGAGGGCAAUCCGGAGGACCACGUCAUGCAAACAAUUGCAGGCCUUUUUAGUCAUUUGUUUGCUUUGCAGCAAUGGGUUGCAGGGAGCCUGGGAGCCUACGACUUCAACAAGGCAUCUGAGGAGUGCAGACGUUUUUGUGUCUUGUAUGGGGGCUUGCAGUCCCAGGCGACGUUUCCACUGUGGCAUUUCAAGCCCAAGAUGCAUCUGUUGCAAGAGAUGGUCGAGUAUCAGAGCGAGGAGCACGGGAAUCCCCGAGAGUUCUGGUGCUACCGGGAUGAGUCCUGGUGCGGCUUUUGGGCGAAAGCCAGCAAAAGGCGUGGUGGCCACAACACCCCUGCUACUACUGCUCGUACUUUUUUGUUGCGGUACUUAGCCUUGGAGAAGCUUGCCGCAGAAGACUGA